UCGAGCCCGUCCCAGGAGCCCGCCCCGGCGCCCACCAUGGCUCCCUCCUACCAGGACAGUUACAGCUACGGACCUCCGACAGAUGCCGGAAGCUACGGUAGCUCUGAGAACAAACAGUAUUACCUGCCCGCUGCCCGCCAGCCUCAGCUCACGGCCACGGCCUGCCAGCCAGGGACUAAAGGACCUUCUGUCCAGCCCAGUGGAGGGUACAGCCAAGCGCAGCCCCUACAGCCAGCAGCCACUGCCACGGCAGGGCAGCCAGCCAACGCCCCAGCCUUGAGCUACACCGAGAACUACACCUACCCACUGGCGACCAGCGUUCUGCCCACGGCCUCUGUCUCCCCGAUGCCUUCCUAUGCCCCGACCUCCUGCAGCCCUGCCUCUGCCCCGGACACGGGUAAGAUGCGUUCCUUUGUACCAGCGGGCACAGGCCAUGCCUCUCGCAACGUCCUCCAAACCAACCCGUCUCCCUAUGUCUGGUUUUUCUCUCUGCUUCCUAGGGCCUGCCUACCCGAGCUAUGA